AUGCCCUCCACCCCCUCCCACAAAGGGGCCGCCUGUUCUGAGUGCAAAGGGCCCCUGGAGGAUGCAGUGACCGCCACCUGUGGACACACCUUCUGCUGGCACUCUCUCCCCACCCCCCAGAUGGGUGCCCAGCCCUCCGGCAGGGUCCUGCUCUGUCCCCUCUGCAAGGAGAAGCAGCAGACCGAGACCCUCUUGGUCCCCGUGCCCCUGGGCCCUCUGGGGGAGACUUACUGCGAGGAUCAUGGUGAGAAGAUCUACUUCUUCUGCGAGAACGAUGCCAAAUUCCUCUGUGUGUUCUGCCGGGAGGGUCCCUCCCACCAGGGCCACGUUGUGGGCCUCCUGGACGACGCCAUCCAGCCCUACCGGGACCGUCUCAGGAGUCGGCUGGAAGCCCUGAGAAUGGACAGAGAUGACAUUGAAGACAUGAAGAGCCGGGAAGACCGGAAGUUCCAAGUGCUCCUGACUCAGAUUGAAAGCAAGAAGCAGCAGGUGGAAGUGGCUUUUGAGAGGUUGCAGCAGGAGCUGGGGGAAUAUCAGCAUCUCCUGCUGGCCAGGCUGACGGAGCUGGAGCAGCAGAUCUGGAAGGAGAGGGACGAGUAUAUCUCGAAGCUCUCUGAGGAAGUCGCCCGGCUUGGAGCCCAGGUCAAAGAGCUGGAGGAGAAGUGUCAGCAACCAGCAAGUGAGCUUCUACAAGAUGUCAGAGUCAACCAGAGCAGGUAUGAGAUGAAGACUUUUGUGAGUCCAGAGGCCAUUUCUCCUGACCUUGUCGAAAAGAUCCGCGAUCUCCACAGGAAAAUACUCACCCUCCCAGAGAUGAUGAGGGCGUUCUCAGAAAACUUGGUGCAUCAUCUGGAAACAGAUACAGGGGUUGUCACUCUGGACCCUCAGACCGCCAGCCAGAGCCUGGUCCUCUCCGAGGACGGGAAGUCUGUGAAGUACACCCGGCGGAAGCAGAACCUGCCCGACAGCCGCCUGCCCUUCGAGGGUCUCCCGGUGGUGCUGGGCUCCCCCAGCUUCUCGUCGGGGCGCCACCGCUGGCAGGUGGAGGUGCAGCUGGGGGACGGCGGCGGCUGCACGGUGGGGGUGGUCGGGGAGGAGGGGAUGGGGAAAGGGAAGCAGGGUCUGAGCGCCGAGGAGGGCGUCUGGGCGGUGAUCCUCUCCCACCAGCAGUGCUGGGCCAGCACCUCGCCGGGCACCGACCUGCCGCUGAGCGAGAUCCCGCGCCUCGUGGGCGUCUCCCUGGACUACGAGGCGGGGCACUUGGCCCUGCUCAACGCCGAGACCCAGGAGCCCAUCUUCACCUUCACCGCCUCCUUCUCCGGCAAAGUCUAUCCUUUCUUCGCUGUCUGGAAAAAAGGUUCUUGCCUUACUUUGAAAGGCUGA